GUUAGAAGUGAAGGCAUCGCUGUAAGGUGUUUCCAGAUGUGGAACACGGGGCAUUAGCGAUCAGCUCAACCUUUUUCACGUGACAGCACGUUUAGAAGAUGAUGUUUGUGUAGCUCACUGGAUAAACGGACCCUGUCUGGCAGUCAGGGAGUCCCAGACCCUUCCCAGCUGCCUCAGGGGCUGAGAGGAUCCAUAUGUUGACACAUAAAUUUGUCAUCAGUAUUGCUGCAAUAAGCAACAUUCAUUCGUUUUCUCCACAGCUACUUUUAGUGUGUCUGACACGGCUAAAUCUUGGGGAUAUAGGAGUGACCAUGGCACUUUGAGGUGGAGUGGGUGUGGGUUGACUUACCAAACAAAUAAUCAUGAAUGUAUAAUUACAGUUGGUGAUAACUUUUCUGAGGGAAAUGUGAUUGCAGUUUGUAUAAUCAAAGAACAGUGGAGAGUAUAAGGGAUCAUAACAGGGGAACCUGAUUUUGAUUAGCGAGGCUUCUCUAACAAAGUGGCCUAAAGGGGGGAUGGCAGAGGAGUCGGUGGGCCAUGCGAUAUGGAGAAGAGCAUUCCAGGCAGAAAGAAAAGCACAGUUGCAUCUUUCAAGGCCCCGAUAUGAAGAGUUGUGUUCGUUUGGGAACUAAAAGAAGGCCAGAGUGGCUGCAGCAAGGGAGGCCAUGAUGUGAAAUGAGACUUGAGAGGUAGGUGCUGCAGACAGAAGAAAUUGUAAAUUCAAGCCUGAUCCCAACAUCCCUCCAACCUUCAGUGCCUUGAACCAGGACUACAUUGGAAGUGGGUGGUCACGAGGACACAUGGCUCCAGCGGGAAAUAACAAGUUUUCAUCUAAAGCCAUGGCUGAAACCUUCUACCUUUCUAAUAUUGUGCCUCAGAAUUUUGAUAAUAAUGCUGGAUAUUGGAACAGAAUAGAAAUGUACUGUCGAGAACUGACAGAGAGGUUUGAAGAUGUUUGGAUUGUAUCUGGACCGUUGACCUUACCUCAGACUGGAAGUGAUGGAAAGAAAAUAGUUAGUUACCAGGUGAUCGGUGAGGACAACGUGGCGGUCCCCUCACACCUGUAUAAGGUGAUCCUGGCUCGCAGAAGCCCAGAGUCGACUGAACCGCUGGCACUAGGGGCCUUCGUGGUGCCCAAUGAAGCCAUUGGCUUCCAACCCCAACUCAGUGAAUUCCAAGUGAGCCUUCAGGACCUGGAGAGAUUGUCGGGACUGGUGUUUUUCCCUCAUUUGGAUAGAACUAAUGGUAUCAGGAAUCUCUGUUCUGCGGACACCUGUAAGCUCCUGGAUUUCCAGGAGUUCACUCUGUACCUGAGCACAAGAAAGAUUGAGGGAGCCCGAUCGGUCCCCAGACUGGAAAAGAUCAUGGAGAACCUGAAGAACGCAGGGAUUGAGCCCGAUGAUUAUUUCAUGACUUGCUAUGAGAGGAAACUGGAAGAACUCAAAGCUAAGGAGCAGGCAGGACUCCCGGAGAGAAAGCCGUCCUAGUGUUCACCUCGGAAGCGUGUGUCAUCUGCAGUGAGACACAUGCCCUCUUCGGGCUCAUGUAUUUGAGAGGCUUUGCUUCUUUGAAAAAAUGAUGGAAUCCUAAAUUUAGGACUAAACUCCCUAAAAGACGAAAGAGCUAAGCCUUUUUGGUUAGUAUUUUAUUUGACGUGGAACUAACUGUUAAAGGAACUGCGACACCUGUUGAUCCAGGGCUGACCUUGCGCCGGGUCAGCUGGAGGACUGUGUGUGUGAGAUGGUGCGAUCGUGCCCCUCGGCGUGUACUGUAUGGGAAGCACCUUACCUUCUCGUCUCCGAGUCUACAGUCUCUGAUGCAUCAGCGCGGCGCUCCUGGAACCCGGUGUUGUGCUGCGUUUUCCUUCUUAGGACCUGAGUGGGUCUUAGAGAAGCUGUUAGAGCGCCUCUGUGUUACCCUGUCGACGGGGAUGAUGCUGGGCAGGGCAGAAGCAGAUUUACAGUUGUUCAGACAAUAAUGUAAUAAUAAUACAAGAUAAACUUUCGCAUACUCA